AAGUUUUUAUUGAAGGAAGAGCUCGGACCAUCGAAGUAUGCACCUUACGUUUUUGGCGCACAGCCCUGGAAAUCAUGCUUGGAAACUGCGAAAACAUCGGGAACGUAGUGAAGACUCUUAUCACCGGGUUUUGGAUCACUUUUAGCGUUUGUUCUGUUGGAGUUCGCGGUCAAGAGGGUAAUGGCUGUGGACACACACUGCUGGGAGCACAAUCUGGCACUUUAGUCUCUCGGAACUACCCGGGCACCUACCCCAGCAACUCCUGGUGCAGAUGGAGGCUUCGCGUGUCGGAGAGGCGGACGCUGCGGCUGCUGUUUGGAGACUUUGACAUUGAGAGCAGUCCGGGCUGCGGCAACGGUUCUGUUGUGAUCACGGACAAGGCCGGUAAACCCAUCAUGGGUCCUGUGUGCGGGAAGCUCGAUGCAACGCAGAUGAAUGUGACGUUUGACAACAACGAAGUGACGGUAACCUUCUCGUCGGGGCCACACCACUCAGGACGAGGCUUUUUACUCUCAUAUGCAACAGAUGAGUAUCCAGAUUUAAUCACUUGCUUACAAAGGGGGUCUCAUUUUAGCACGGCGAGUUUGACUGUUUACUGCCCAGCUGGGUGUAAAAAUGCCACAGGAGAUGUCUGGGGGAACUCUGAACAAGGUUACAGAGAUACCUCAGUUCUGUGCAAGUCUGCCGUCCAUGCCGGGGCUACGUCUGAUGGCGCCGGAGGUCGGGUCACUGUGAAUCGAGGGAGAAGUCUUACUCUCUACGAAUCUACCUUUGCCAACGGGAUCCUCUCUAAAAUGGGAUCAUUAUCUGAGAAGAAGCUGCUUUUCAGGCGAGAAUGUAACAACAUCCUGGCUGUCUCCGCUCUGAAUGCCUCAUCUUUGUGGGAUAAAAACAGCCAAGAGCACACAAUGUUCUCGUCCUCCAGAAACGCGGGGUCCAGCCGUGACUUCCUGCUCUGGACAGCAGACAGCGGGGAUCUGAACCCAUGGCUGGAGAUGGAACUAGCGGAUAGGAGCACCAUCACAGGGUUAAUAACGACAGGAUCAGCUGAUCACUACAUAGAAUCCUACAGUCUUUACUUCAGUAAGGACAGGAAAACCUGGAAGCUUUACAAAGAUGCYGUGAGCAAAGAGAAAAAGGUGUUUCGGGCGUACACAGACGGCCACCUCAAGGUGCUCAACAGCCUCUUUUCUCCUGCGGUCGCUCGAUUCGUUCGGCUUCAGCCACUCAGCUGGUUCGGUAGAGCCUCGGCCCAGGUGCAGGUUCUGGGUUGUUCCGCUGCCAAGGCCACGCCGAGGUCUCGGCCUUCUGGACCAGAAUCUCCGUCCAUAAAAGUCAACAUGGAUACUGAGCAGCCAAGCCCCUCUCCCACCCCCACACUCAUAAUGGAAACAACUCAAAGCACCAGUCAGCCAGUGAUCGUGGCAGUGGGCGUGGUCCUGGGGCUCAUAAUGUGUGGGAGUUGUCUAYUGGCUGGCGUCUGGUGGAAACGAAGGCCGCGCCCGCGCUCCCUGCAGCUGGAAAGAAAGUCGGCUCAACGUUUCGGCCUCCUUCAAACGAGGGUUACACCACGCCCUUCACCGGCGUCCACUACGACGCGCCCGGCGGCCUGCCGGAGUACGCCGAGCCGCUUCCUCCGGAGCCCGAGUACGCCACUCCUUUCAGCGAGCUGCCCUCCGAGGCCAAGCUAGCCACGUUGACGGGCAUCAUUCACGGCGACGCACACGGACCUCGUGUUCCAGGAGCUUCCAGGGCGACGCCCAGCCAGAGUCAGUAUGACUGCCCCGCCCACAGGGUGCUGUUUAACGGCUACUGCACUCCCGCUYUGCAUGGCCCUCGACCCGUCAGUGAAGUCUACGCAGAGCCCAGGUCAAGUGACUCUUUACUACAGAAGCACACAUAUGAGGAGCCUUUGUGAGCAUAGGAACAUGAGGAAGAGCAGGUUCCUCUGAGCUGAAAUAUCAGAAAAGACCUCUUAGCUGGACAGUGCUCUCCAUAGAGCCAGACAUGCCAGGAAGUAAUGAACCAAGAGAUCAGGAGUCACUUUGGAGCCCAAGCUUUUAUCUCUGAGUCGUUUGGACCUGAACAUAUCCUCGCAGGAAGCUCGUCCCGGUGGUGCACAAAGAAACAACAGGCCUGAGCGUAGUGCUGGGCGGUAUGACCCACAUUUUAUACCACGGUCUUUUCAACAAUUAUCCCGAUUAUCACAGUAUUUUUCUUUUCAUCCCAGCACAGCUGGUGCUAAAAUUGACAAAAACAGAAGGUCAGCUCAAGUUACUGCAACACAAACUAUUUUUUUUCUUUUACUGUACCUCUGUAUGCAUUGCUGUUUCCCUCCUCUACGUCUUUCCUUCUUUGCCUGGUUGUAGACAGUAGUCAUGCAUUUUGGGCACAUGGGGGGCAGGUACAGUCGUAAAGGAGGAAGGAAGGUAGAGCAAAGAUCAUUUUCGGGCAAAUUUACUUUGUGCAUGUAUUUCAGMGAURRUGAAAACAGUUUUUUUUGCCACCCACCACUAGUUAUGAAGGCUGCUCCAACAACAACACUURUCCUUUGUGCUGCAAGGAAAAGUGUCUCCCAUCAAACAGUGUACAGGUGGGUGCAACGYAACUUUCAGAUCGUGUUCAGGCUAUAGUUAAGUCUGUAUCUAUUUAGACAGAGACACUUUCCUAAUGUUGGUUCUGUACAUUACUUCAAUGAAUUUCUAACAAAACAUUUCAGGUGCAGUUAAAUUUCAGAUUCUCAGCUUUAAUUCGGUGGGUUGAACAAAGUUAUUGCACAUUUUUUUAACACGAUCCCUUCAUUUCAGUAAAAGGAAAUAGACAAAUUAAAUGACUGUACGAUAAAUAARAUGUUCAUUUCUAAUACUUGAUUGAGAACUUA